AUGGACGCGAUUAUCAGAAUGGUCCGAGAGACCCAAGAAGGACUUUCCGACGAGGCUCUUAUGCCCCUGAAGUCUUACAAGUAUUCCAGCGUGGACAAGUCUUUCAUUUCCAACUACAUUCUGCGACACUACUGGAAUGCCUUCGUCGAGCUCUUGCCCAUGUGGCUUGCGCCUAACAUGGUCACUCUUCUCGGCUUUUUCUUCAUCAUCGGCAAUGUCUUCUUGAUCUGCCUCAUUAUGCCCGAUAUGGUUGGACCGGGCCCGUGGUGGUUAUACAUCAGUUUUGCGAUUGGUGUCUGGAUGUACUCGACUCUGGACAAUGUGGAUGGCAAACAGGCACGCCGUACCGGAACUUCCAGCGGGCUGGGAGAAUUAUUUGAUCACGGAAUUGACUCGCUGAACUGCACUCUUGCCAGUCUCCUGGAGACUGCGGCUAUGGGCUUAGGUGCUUCCCAGCUGGGUGCCUGGACCGCCCUUGUGCCUUGCCUCGCCAUGUACUUCUCGACUUGGGAGACCUUCCACACCCACACCCUCUACCUGGGAUACUUCAAUGGCCCGACCGAGGGUCUUAUCAUUUGCAUCUCAAUCAUGAUCGCCUCUGGUAUCUGGGGCCCCGGUAUUUGGGGGCAACCCAUCACCGAUCUUAUCAACAUCCCCGCUAUCUUCGGCGAUAACUCCGUCAAGGACCUGUGGAUCCCCAUUCUCCUUGGCGGCUUCUUCUUGGCCCACCUUCCCGGAUGUGUCUACAACGUCUAUGUGGCUCGUCGCAAGCAAGGCCUUCCUUUGACCCCUCUCCUGAAGGAGUGGGUGCCCAUGAUUGGCUUCACCCUGUGCUGCAUGCUUUGGAUGUUCUCUCCCUACUCCGGCAUUCUCGCAGAGAACCACCUCGUUCUGUUCUGCGUGACUAUCUCUUUCGUCUUCGGCCGCAUGACCACCAUGAUUAUUCUGGCCCAUCUGCUGAAGCAGGAAUUCCCUUACUGGACUGUGAUGCAGGCUCCCCUGGUCCUCGGUGCCCUCUUGGUCAACCUGCCUCGCAUCGGUAUUCCUUUCCCCAUGUGGCUCGAGCUGUGGUACCUGCGUCUGUUCUUCGUGUUCGCUCUCGUCCUGUACAGCUACUGGGCCGUCCUGGUCAUCAACCGUAUCACCACCUUCCUGGGCAUCAACUGUCUCACCAUCCGCAAGGACCGUGGCGCUGAGCGUGACCGUGCCUACCGCGAAUUUGGCGAGUCCGGUCUCCCUCUGAACGCUGGUCGUGACAGCAUUCAGAUCGAGGACGAGGAUGAUGGGUUCAAGAGCCACUAA